CUCUCUCCCUCCUAUUUUUUUCAUCUUUGUGCGAGUUGCGCGCGCAGCUGCCGCCAUCUUUGACCCUCGGUUGGUGGACUGCUUUUAGCACUGGAUUUCUAGCCUUUGCCACAAAGGUAGCGUUAUUUUAAUUUAGAAAGAGUUGCACAAACUGCUUUCUCCGAGUAUGGCUAACCGAAACAUACAAGCGAACACACAAAGCAGUAACUCCCCUCAACUGGCGAAAUGCAGGACGGACUCCCCGUCCACGGAGCGGACACCGUCGAAUAAAGAUAGCCCAACGCCGCCGCCACGGCAGUCCCCCACGACCGAUGAAGCGGACGGAUCCGGUGAAGGAAGCGGCGAAGGCUCGGCAGGAAUGACUCUGGAUAUUACGAAUUUUCGGAAGCCCGGUGAGAAGACGUUCACCCAGCGCUCUCGUCUUUUUGUCGGGAGCCUCCCGGCGGAUAUUACAGAGGAGGAUUUCAAAAACAUGUUUGCUAAAUAUGGGAAAGCUAACGAGGUGUUCGUCAACGGAGACCGGGGCUUCGCCUUCAUUCGCUUGGAAACCCGGACGCUGGCAGAGAUUGCUAAAGCUGAGCUGGAUGGGACUAUUUUGAAUAAUCGAGCACUCAAGGUUCGCUUUGCUGCACAUGGGGCUGCACUCAAAGUCCGCAACCUGCUGCCUGCAGUGACAAAUGAACUGCUGGAACAGGCGUUUUCGCAGUUUGGGCCAGUGGAACGGGCUGUUGUUGUGACAGAUGAACGUGGUCGUCCCACUGGGAGAGGCAUUGUGGAGUUUGAAUACAAAGCAGCUGCACGUAAAGCCCUGGAGCGUUGUACUGGGGGAGCACUGCUGCUUACCACCACACCUUGUCCAGCCAUUGUGGAGCCCUGUGAGCAAUUGGAUGCUGAAGAUGGGCUUCCUGAAAAACUGCUGCCUAAGACUGCAAAGUACCAUAAAGAACGAGAGCAGCCGCCACGUUUUGCUCAGCCGGGGACAUUUGAAUUUGAAUACUCCUCUCGCUGGAAAGCCCUUGAUGAGAUGGAGAAGCAGCAGAGGGAACAGGUGGACAAGAACAUUAAAGAGGCCAAAGAGAAACUGGAGUCUGAACUGGAGUCAGCUAAAAAUGAACAUCAGCUAAUGUUAAUGAGACAAGACCUAAUGAGACGUCAGGAGGAACUGAGGAGACUGGAGGAGCUUCGUAAUCAGGAGCUGCAGAGAAGAAAGCAGAUAGAGAUGAGGCAUAAAGAGGAGAGGAGGAGAAGGGAGGAGGAGAUGAUGAGACACAGAGAGCAGGAGGACCUGAGACGCCAACCGGAUGGUUUCACACCAAACUACCUGGACAAUAGAGAACAGGAAAUGAAAGUGGGUGAGCUGGGCCCUCGUGGAGCCAUUAAUUUGGGAGAUGGCUAUAACCAGGCCUCUGCAGGGCCCAGUGGUAACCAAGGUCAAAUGAUGGGCAUGAGUGGAAGGGGAGGAGCCAUUGGCCCAGAGGGAACUGCAAAUAUGGGCACACCAUUGAUGUCAGAGAAUGGAGCCAUGCGAAACGAUAGAUACCCACAAGGUGGAUCGGUAGGGGGCCGAACAGAAGUUGAGUCCCCAAAGCAGCAGCAGCCACCGCUGGGCCCCCAGGUCGGACCAGCCCCAGCAUUUGGCAGGGGGAGCCCAGUAGGGGGAGUUUUUGAUGGGCCAAAUAACAAGCGCCGCAGAUACUAACUUCUCACUGUUCACAUGAAUCUUUGUCACAACCCAACCCUGAGAACGUAUUCUGUUUUUACAUUGACCUACUUCCCCUAACCCUGUGAUGUAAAUGUGUGCUGGAAAAAACCUACAGAAUUUUUUUCCUUUGUAACAUAAGUUGUCAGUGAGAGGGAUUUAUUUUGUGACUGGUAAAAUACAGAAAACUGCUUUGUUUCUACACUUAUCUGCAAUGUUUAUAUACAUUUUUCACAGCAUAUGUUUCUCCUGUUUCCUGAAUGAUAUGAUGUGUGCUUUUCCCCCAUCUGAAUACUGAAUGUGCAAACAAGUAUUGUAGCAUGUAGGAAUAAAAGCCUUUGCAAUUAGACAUGUUUGCAGUUGCUGUGGCUGCUGUUACCCGGAAUAUGCUCCAUAAGACUGCUCUACAGGAGUAUUAGAUAAAAAAA